GGUCCCAGCCGAAUGUGCGGCUUAAAGUAAGGUUAUAAUUUCACUCAGAUUGAUGUUCCACUAUAAAGCUUGCUUUUAUUCACAUAUACGAGUGAAAUCUGGCAAGUUUUUCCGUCUCUAAAUGAAUAGUGGACGACGGAACGAGGCGCACCAAUAAUCUGGAGAAGGUUUCGGGGCACAGCGGGGAAUUUGGCGGGGUCCUUCCUCUUGUACCUAGGUAUUGCCCUAAAUGGUACUAGAUAUGUGAUGGUGAAUGUUAUGAUCUCGUGCCCCUCUAUGACCCUACAGAUGGUUCGUGGUUGUGCUUUUCUACAACUCGAUUUUUUUCUUGUUUGAGCAUUUAUCUUUGUUUUGCCCUUGCAGAUUUACUACCUGACUAUACCGUCGCAGACUUCCAAGCUCGUAAAUUCGCAGCAAUUGAUACCGACAGCUAUCCUACCCGCACACUCCCUGCUUCCGGAUAUCUUUCAUUCAUAAUGGCUGGCGUUGUACCUGUCGCAAAGUCUCUCAAAGACAUCUACACCGAAGAUGCCUUGGCCGCACAAACCAAGAGAUGGGAUAACCUUCUAAAGCAAUUUAAGAGCAACUAUGGACACGAUGCGCAGUUCGUUUCACGAUCUCCAGGACGUGUCAACAUCAUCGGCGAGCACAUUGACUAUUCUUUGUACUCUGUCUUGCCUAUGGCCAUAACUGCAGAUGCAUUACUCGCAGUUUCCACCAAAAUCGACGAAUCCGCUUCGACUAGUACAACAUUCAAGGUGCGAGUUUCGAACGUGCAAGGGGAUAAAUUCCCCGCACACGAAUUUGACAUACCAUUCGAUGCAGUGGAGAUCGAUUCCAAGGUACAUGAGUGGACAAAUUACUUGAAGUCUGGACUCCGGGGAGCGUUGGAAAUAUUGAGAAAGAAGCAUGGAGACGGCUUCAGACCCAAGAGUAUGGAAGUUUUGAUGGAUGGAACCGUACCUGCUGGUGGUGGAUUGAGUAGUUCUGCUGCUUUUACUACAGCUUCUGCUCUUGCAGUUAUGUUUGCCAAUGGUGAGCAAUCUGUUGACAAGACGCAACUCACAGAAUUGGCGAUUGUCAGUGAAAGAGCAGUAGGUGUCAACUCGGGAGGAAUGGAUCAAUCUGCAUCGGUCUUCUCCAUUCGUGGCUCAGCAUUAUACGUCUCUUUCAACCCAACCUUGACUGCAAAGCCCGUUCACUUCCCAAAAACAAACCCCGAACUCACAUUCGUUAUUGCACAAUCAUUUGUUGCAGCAGAUAAGCAUGUCACUGGUCCAGUGUGCUACAACUUGAGAGUUGUAGAGUGCAGUCUUGCCGCCGCCUAUCUCCACGCAGCUAUCAACAAAUCCAAAGACCCCCUUCCUUCUGACUCUGGACCAUUGGGUGUUUCGCUCCACGGAUUCCAUAGCAAAUAUCUUGGAGAUUCCACUGCACCACUCGAAGAACAACUUUCAGAACUUAUUGAACUCACAAAGAAAACAUUCACAAAAGAAGAGGGAUAUACUAGAGAAGAAAUUGCAUCUGUCAUAAAUAUGACAGUCCCUGAGUUGAACGAGCGCUUCACUUCCACUUUCCCCGUCCGCGCUGAACAUUUCAAGCUUCGACAAAGAACCCUCCACGUUUUCACCGAAGCCCUUCGAGUGCUUAAGUUUAUGAAAGUUCUCGAACAUCCCGAAUCCUAUCUCAAUGCCGAUGGUGGUAAUUCUACUGAGACUUUCAACCGAAAACUUGGUGAUCUGAUGAACGAAACCCAAACUAGCUGCAGAGAAGAUUUUGAUUGUAGUUGCCCCGAACUAGACGAACUUUGUGAAAUCGCAAAGAAAGCAGGUAGUUAUGGAAGCAGAUUGACAGGUGCCGGAUGGGGUGGAUGCAGUGUGCAUUUGGUACCAGCGGAUAAGGUCGACGCGGUUAAAGAGGCUUGGGAGAAGGAGUAUUAUUCAAAGAAGGACUUGUCAAAGGAGCAGAAGGAAGCGGCAAUCGUGGUUAGCAAACCGGGCAGCGGAAGUGCGGUAUUCGUUGUUGAAGGUGGAAAUGUUGCUUAGAUAACAGUUUGCUCUUAGAGAUGAUAAAAGCCUUGCGGUACCAAUACCCUUCAUAGAAUGUAUUCCCAAUUUUCUUAUAGAUUCUAUUUUCGAUAGCCA